CUUUAAAAAAAAUCUUGUUGUGUCACUGGGAUGCAGUCGCCGGAGCCGGGCACCAAGUCUGCCAUCCCCGCCCAUAUGACCACCGCCGAGAGGGACCGCUCACCGUUUGCUCCACACACCAAAGAUGACAGCUCCACCAAGCCUAACCCAUGCAGUGCCACAGCAUCAGCGUUUUUUGGUGUUGUUCGACUUUGAUGAAACCGUCAUCAAUGAGAACAGUGAUGAUGCUGUGGUGCGUGCUCUACCAGGGCAACAGCUUCCUGAGUGGCUGAGAAACAGCUACAGGGAGGGGCACUACAACGAGUACAUGCAGAAGGUCUUGGUUUAUAUGGCGGAGCAGGGCGUGUCUGAGGACUCCAUCCAUUCAGCGGUGGAGGAGAUCCCACCCACACCUGGCCUCCUGUACCUCUUUCAGUAUCUGCAGAGCCACGAGCAGGACUUUGAGCUGGCGGUGGUCUCCGACGCCAACAUGUACUUCAUCGAGACGUGGCUCGAGCGUGCUGGGGUGCGUCACAUUUUCCGGAAGAUUUUCACAAACCCGGCAAGUUUUGAUGUGACUGGCCGUCUUGUGCUGCUCCCUUUCCACUCCCACUCGUGCUGCCGUUGUCCUGACAACCUAUGCAAGCAGGUGAUCCUUCGGGAGUAUCUGGCGGGCCGACAAAAGGAGCGUGGUGGUGCUCCCUUCCAGAGGGUAUUCUAUAUCGGAGAUGGGGCCAAUGAUAUCUGUCCCUCUCUGGCUCUGGGGCCCCGGGACACAGCCUUCCCCAGGAGGGACUUUCCCAUGCACAGGCUGCUGCUGGAGAUGCAGCAGUCCCAGGCAGCCAUGUUCAAGGCAAACAUAGUUCCUUGGGUCAGCGGCGAGGACAUAGUGGACUGCCUGAAGAAAAUUAUGGAGGAGAGAUGAAGUGUGUGUGUGUGUGUGUGUGUGUGUGUGUGUGUGUGUGUGUGUUAGUAAGUGAAAGAAACAGUGAAUAAGGAGGGAAAAUAUAGCAAAGGUGCACCAACCCCAGUCCUGGCGAGCAGCAGGUUAUGCAUGAUUCUACUCCAGCCACACUCGGUACCUGUAAAGAUGUAGCCAAAUAGUGUGCAUCUAUUUGAAUCACCUUCUUGGCCGGGAGCAGUUGAGACUCAAGAAGUCACUGCAACUGGGCAAAAAAAAGUCCACCACAUAACCCCUCAUAAAAAAGUUAAUUGUAAGUUUUACACUUUUUUUAUAGUUUUAUACAGAAAGGCAUACUUUUACAUUUGGAUAGAGCCAGGCUUGCUGAUUCUCCUUGUUUUUCAUGCUAAGAUAUCUGGCAGCAUAUUUACUGUACUGUACAGUAAUCGGUCUUCUCAAAUAACUCUCCGCAAAAAGGAAAAAGCGCAAUUCCCAAAAUGUUUAAUUGUUCCUUUAGUGCUAGCCUGGUACAAAAGCCUAUUGCCAUCUUAAUUAAUAUGUUUAUGAACACGUGCAGGAUCAAGUGUUGUGCAGUAGCAUUAGCUGGGACAAAAGACCACACGUCGUGUCAGGCAGGGACAAGGGCAACAUAGAACAGGGAUAAGGUGACAAAGACUCUUGCACAGUAACUGUGCUCUCCCCACCACUCAUUACUGAUACCUAAUCUAGGGCUUGAUUAUACAACGGUAAUCUACACCAGCAUGAGAUCCAAAGGGAACAUUGUUAGCCAUACAUCUCUGAAACAAUGAAAAAAAAGUGUGAUGCAAAGUACCAAUUGUAUUUGUGUAGUUAUUAGCUAGCGCUUACUAUACUUGUACCCUAUUAGAACUCCCAGUAAAUAUUACUAUUGAUAAAAGGCUGUUUAGGUUGAGGUGGAUUUAUAGUCUCUAAAAAGUAUUCUUUAUGUUUGAAUGUAUUACCAAUAAACCACAGUGUUGUGACUGUGAGUGAGUGAUGAUGAGCCACUUAUAUUAGUAUAUAGUGCAUCCUAACUCAACAUGUAACCUCAUUCUGCGUAAAUGACUGAAUCCAUGACAGGGACUGGAAAAUAUAUUUUAAAAUAUCAAUAAGGAAGAGCACUUGUAUUCAUUGAGGUGGUUUACAGCAACAUUUAUUUUUGUUUAUAUUCAGGAAAUUGUGAAGUAUUAUGUUUGUUUGUCCAUCCUGUUUUUAAAUUCAGAUUCUAAUGGGGCAUGUAUACUGUGCAUUUGUUGAUUUUUGCAGCCUGUUUAAGGUUUCCAUGUUAGUAGACACAUAAGUAAACACUCACUGUCUGGUAACUUUAAGCCAGAGGAAGUAUAAAUAAUUGAUUGUAUAUUUGGAUUCAUAUUUUUUUUUUUAUCCAUAUACCGUACAUCUUUGCCAUUACAGUUAACAAUAAGAAUGUUUGGGUGCUAAAGCAUUAAAACAGAUAAUAAGCUUGUUAAUUGAUGAAAUACUUCUAGCUAAAGAGGCUGUAGUCGAUAUUCUGAAAAAAGGGAUUUGGGAUUACCUCCUGUUGGCUCUCACAGACUGAUCACUAACUCUUCAACACACAAGGCACUCACAUGCACUAACAAGCAACAAGAACAGAGAAACUCUGAUUACAACACACACAGAGGGACUUCAUAUACAGCAUCUUUACAUAGCAAAUAGUUGUUUACUGCUAUAUUAAUGUUCUGAAUAUCGAGUACAGCCCCUUUAAAAACAUCAUUAUGCUGCAUAAGAGCUGGACAUUUCCUUUCAAGUGUUUUAGUUUCUCAGGGAGUAGAGAAGAAAGUGUUAACAAGCAAACAUAAUAUAUGUUUAUAAAAAUAUUUUUAUUUGCUGCUCUAAGAACAAAUGUUCAUAGUAUAUAUGUUUAUGAGAAGUAAUCAAGGUAGCUGGAGUGUGAAAGCCUUUGAGAUCAAAACCUAUUCUAUUAAUGCUUUCUGAUUAGGAGACUAAAGUUAUGUGAGCUUUACUCCUUCUGAUGCUAUGAUAAUGAAAUGUAACGGGGUAUUUUAGUUUACUUUAACUGUCUAUGUACCUGUAAAACUUCCAUGGAGUUUUGUGCAAUAAUUAAACGCUGUAUACUGUUUAUGAUGUAAAAGAGAUUUAAAGGUGCGCUAUGAGUUCCUGCAUGACGUCACUCCUGUUGACGUUGCAAGUAAACCAAACAAAACAGAGCAAGCUCACCCCUCCCCCCCAUGUUUCCGUAACUGUCAUGACCACUCAGCAGUCUGCAGG